UUUCAGCUUAUCUAUCAUAUUUGCUCGAAAGAAAAAGCUAGCAUUGGUUGUAUUAUGUGGUUUGAUCUGGACGAAAAGAAAACUUGGUGGCAUAAUUUGGCGAAAUAUUUCCUUACGCUUGGUCCAAUUCCGGAACAUAUUGCUUUCAUUAUGGAUGGUAAUCGACGGUAUUCUCGCCUGCAACGAUAUUCAUCGUUUGUUGAAGGUCAUCGCAAGGGUUUUGAUAAGUUAACAAAAGUAAUGCAAUGGUGUCGAGAAUUUGGCGUGAAAGAAGUGACCGUAUAUGCGCUUAGUUUAGAAAAUUUUAAACGUAGCGCAACCGAAAUCGAUGAUUUGAUGACACUAUUCGAGCACAAACUUACACAACUCCUGGAUGAAAGUUUGCGACUAUAUUUUAGGGAUAAACUUAUUGAAAAUGAUAUUCGUAUUCAAUUUUUUGGGGAUUUAAAACAUCUUCCACCAAAGCUUCGGCAAUAUAUAGCGAAAAUUGAAUUAUUAACAAGGGAACAUAACAGUGGCAGAGUGAAUGUAUGCAUUGCUUAUACAGCUCAAGAUGAACUGAGAAGAGCUUUUGUUACGAUAGCUCACGGCGUUCAAAAAGGACUGUUGGCAACAACCGAUAUAAACGAAUAUUUGAUAUCACGGUGCCUUGAUAGUCGCUUCUCGAAUGAUCCAGAUCUGCUGAUUAGGACUAGUGGAGAGACGCGUUUGAGUGAUUUCCUACUAUGGCAGUGUUCCAAAUGCUAUAUCUAUUUUGAUAAAGUGUUGUGGCCAAACUUUGAUUACUGGAACCUGUGUAAGGCAAUAUAUUUUUAUCAGCAAAAUCAGAUGUCCCUAAAGCGGCUAAAUGAAAACUGUUUGGCGGAAGAAAAACCAACAGAUAACGAAAAUGUUCUGGAAUUCCUCCGCUGGGCUGAUGAAGAACGUUUAGAAAGCUUACGACGAAUGUCUGAGACAGUAUGCUAA